UCACUCUCACCCAUACAGUCUCUCUCUCUAUUUAUCUCUCAAUAUUGAUCAAUCAGCAAUAAAACGAUACAUACACCCAUACAUAUUGAGAUAGAGAACAUAUAUAUACAUAGAAAUCAAUCAACUAGACCACCCUAGAAAACCUAUCAAUGAAACACCACCACCACCAAAACCUGCCGUCCGCCGCCGCUGAAGCCGCAGUGUCUUCCUGCGAUACCACCCCAAUGACGUCAUCAUUGACGAGUUCAUCAUUGCACCACCAAUCCCCUCCUCCUGAGAAGCCUUCCGUGGCGAUUGAUGAUCUGUCGAGGGAUGUUGCGUCCACCUCCGCCAUCGCCACGACGGCGUCUGCGGAGUCGGUGGUGGUGGAGGGGCGUGGGGACUAUUCUGCUGUUUGCAAGUGGACCAUCGCCAAUUUCCCGAGGAUCAAGUCGCGCGCCUUGUGGAGCAAGUACUUUGAGGUCGGCGGCUACGAUUGCCGUUUGUUAAUCUACCCCAAGGGUGACUCGCAGGCGCUGCCUGGAUAUCUUUCCAUUUACCUUCAAAUCAUGGACCCCCGCAACACCGCCUCUUCUAAGUGGGAUUGCUUCGCCAGCUACCGCCUUGCCAUUGACAAUCCCUCGGACCCCUCAAAGUCCGUGCACCGUGACAGUUGGCACCGAUUCUCUUCCAAGAAGAAGUCUCACGGCUGGUGCGAUUUUGCCUCCCUUAACUCCCUAUUAGACCCUAAGCUUGGCUUCCUGCAUUCCUCGAAUGAUUGCAUUGUCAUUACUGCAGAUAUCUUAAUCCUCCACGAGUCCUUUUCCUUUGCCCGUGAUAAUUGUGAUUUGCAGUCGAAUAUUGUCUCAAAUAUGGGAGGGAGUGGGGUUGUAGGGCCAGUUGUAGGGGAUGUUUUGAGUGGGAAGUUUACUUGGAAAGUGCAUAAUUUUAGUUUGUUUAAGGAGAUGAUAAAGACACAGAAAAUAAUGAGCCCUGUUUUCCCGGCUGGGGAGUGUAAUUUACGAAUUAGUGUUUAUCAGAGUAUUGUUAAUGGAGUGGAGUAUUUGUCCAUGUGUUUGGAGAGUAAAGAUACAGAGAAGAAUGCGAUGGCGUUGGAUAGGAGUUGCUGGUGUUUAUUUAGGAUGUCAGUGUUGAAUCAGAAGCCAGGUAAUGGGUCGAGUCAUGUGCACAGGGAUAGCUAUGGGCGGUUUGCCGCAGAUAAUAAGACCGGGGAUAACACGAGUUUGGGGUGGAAUGACUAUAUGAAGAUGAUCCUAAUUGAGAUGUUAUCUAUCCCUUGCCUUGCUGUUGAAGCCUCCCAAACUUUUGAGAGAGCUGUAGCACGUGGUGCUUUUGUUCCUCAGUCUGUAGCCAUGGUCUUGGAAAGACGCCUUACUCGGUAUUUGAAUUUGAAUACGCAAUAUAUUGCUGAAAGUUCUCAGCAACCAGAUCUAGUUGUAGAGGGAGAAGCCCUUGAACAACUAACGGCCCAACGAGAUGAUUUCACUGCGGUUCUUGGCCUUGCGGAGACAUUAGCACUCUCUAGGGACCUGUGUGUUAAAGGAUUUGUAAAGAUGCUGUACCCUAUGUUGUUCAAAUGGUAUGCUGAUGACUCUUACAGAUUUAGAAUGCUAAAGAGACUUGUCAAUCGUGCUACAAGUACUACAGAUACUACUCGUGAAAUAGACUUAGAUUUGGAGAUUUUGGUGAUCUUGGUGUGUGAGGAACAAGAAAUAGUUAGACCAGUCUUGAGCAUGAUGCGAGAGGUUGCUGAACUUGCAAAUGUUGAUCGGGCAGCACUUUGGCAUCAGUUAUGUGCCAAUGAAGAUGAGAUUCUUCACGUUCGUGAUGAAAAAAAAGCUGAAAGCGCUAGUAUGUCUAAAGAAAAAGCUAUUUUGUCUCAGAGGCUGAGCGAAUCAGAGGCUACAACUAGCCGCCUAAAGUCUGAGAUGAGGACUGAGGUGGAUCGUUUUGCUCGAGAAAGAAAGGAGCUUACAGAACAAAUACAAGAACUGGAGGCUCAACUUGAGUGGGUUCGUUCAGAACGAGAUGACGAAAUCACAAAGCUUAUCGCUGAGAAGAAAUUUUUUCAAGAUCGUUUACAUGAUGCAGAGACACAGCUAUCCCAAUUGAAGUCUAGAAAGCGUGAUGAAUUGAAGAGAGUAAUGAAGGAGAAAAAUGCUUUUGCUGAAAGGUUAAAGAGUUCUGAAGCAGCCCGGAAAAUAUUUGAUGAUGAAUUGAAACGAUAUGCCACAGAAAAUGUCACUCGAGAAGAGAUUCGGCAAUCACUCGAGGAUGAAGUACGUCGGCUGAAACAAACAGUUGGGCAGACUGAAGGAGAGAAGCGCGAGAAGGAGGAACAAGUUGCUCGAUGUGAGGCAUAUAUUGAUGCGAUGGAAUCCAAAUUGCAAGCCUGCGAGCAAUACAUCCAUCAUGUCGAGGCUCAGCUUCAGGAAGAAAUGUCACGACAUGCCCCUCUGUAUGGUGCUGGGUUGGAAACUUUAUCAAUGAAGGAGUUGGAGACAUUGUCACGCAUUCAUGAAGAAGGACUUCGACAGAUUCAUGCCAUCCAACACCAUAAAGGAAGUCCAGCUGGCAGUCCUCUUGUAAGUCCCCACAACCUUCCGAGCACGCAUGGGCUGUACCCUGCUGCUCCGCCUCCAGUAAUCCCUAAUGGAGUUGGGGUCCACAGCAAUGGGCAUGUAAAUGGUGCAGUUGGACCCUGGUUCAGUGGGCCUACUUAGCCGUAUGGCAAGAUACUACCUAUUAACAGCUCGGUAACAUUCCAAGAUAAAGGGCUCCUGUCUAUUCUUGAAUUUUAUUGCAUGUUGGCUGGUGGGACUGUUGGAAUGCUUAACGAGGUUUCUAGAUGCAUGGGUAAGGGUACGUAUUCUUAUGCUGUCCAAUAGAAGUAGAACUAACAGUUGCAAAUGCCAUACUUGAGUUCUUCCUCUCUUAAUUGAAAUUAUCUAGAAAGUUUUGUUUACUCA